AUGUCGAAGGGUAGCUCUGCGGCAGCACUACGCUUGCUUUCACGCCGCCAGAAGUUGCCAGUAACUCCUCGUCGGACCUUUGUAUUUUCUCGCCCUGUCGCUAAGUUGCCGUCUAACCUCACUCGACCAAAGAUGAGUCUUGAUUUAUCAGGCUUCCCAGCUGGAGCUCCCAAGAAGCCCACUUCACAACUUCGCUAUGCUGAUGUGGCUGUAACAGCAACGGCGAACGAGUUUGCCGGCAUCUACCGCCACAAACAAUACCACCAGCCCGAUUUUGCACACACUCUCGACCGUGCUCGUGCUGCCGGCGUUGAAAAAGUUGUUCUCACUGGCAUGUCGCUUUCAGAUGUGACCACCAAUCUGGAGAUUGCUCGAUCACGACCAGCGGGAUCCUGCUUCGUCACCAUUGGCAUUCACCCAUACCACGCCGCCGAGCCUGGCGCCGACGCGGAAAACUCUUAUUAUGCCAGGCUCGAACAGGCAGUUGACGAGGCCAUUGCGGAGACGCCAAGUCUGAUUGCGGCGUUUGGCGAGCUCGGAUUGGACCACGACCGCCUUAACCAUGCAGACAAGGAGACGCAAACCGCUACUUUCAAAGCCCAGCUUGAUCUGUUUGUGAACAAGAAGUGGGAUCUUCCCCUAUUCCUUCACUGCCGUGCGGCUUUUGAAGAUUUCGUGGCAGUCAUCACACCCUAUUUGGACAAGCUUCCCCGUCGCGGGUUGGUGCACAGCUUCGUUGGGUCCAAAGAGCAGAUGGAGAAACUUGUCGAGAUGGGUCUAGAUGUCAGCGUUAACGGCUUUAGCUUUAAGGAUGGGGAGAGUCUAGAAAUGACGGCCGCUAUUCCACUUGACAGUCUUCAGAUUGAAACGGAUGCGCCGUGGGGCGAGAUAAAAAGCAGCAGCGAUCUGGCCAAGAGAUAUCUGGCUAAUGCGCCCGCGCUGCCCGCGAGCAAGAAGAAGGAUAAGUGGGAUGCGUCCGCUAUGAUCAAGGAGAGAAAUGAAAGCGUUGCGAUUGACCGAGUCGCUUACGUCGUGGCUGGAUUGAAGGGUAUCGAGGUUGAAGAAGUUGCCAAGGCAGCUUGGGAGAACAGCACAAAGAUGUUUAGUUUAUGA